AUGUGUCGAAUCGUCAGGCUUGGAUUCGACAUGGUGAAGAUGGUCACCAGCGAGAGGUCUGAUGGCUUUCGGUUGAUCUCGGACUCGGUCCCCGAUAGUCCUACGGCGAGGAGGACUACUUCUACAGAGCCUGUUCUCGGCGCAGCAUCAGCAGCGCAAACGGAGCGGUUCGUGGGUGAUCUCAAUCCCGAAGCAGUCAUUCGUGAGCGACUGCAUGAAUCCUCCGCGACUCCUCUACGCGAUCGAAUUGGUCUUUGGAUUCAUUCGGCGGAUCGUGUAGAUGCUGCGUCGAGGUCUUUUUCCUCACAUGAAAAGACAAUCUCCAACAGUCACUACCAUGGCCAACAUCAUCACCGCCGCCGCCCAUCUGAAGCUCCCGAUGAAGCCUUUUCUUCCGCUCACAGUAUCGCUGAAAGACGGCUUUUCCAGCAGUAUGAAUCAGCCAUGCAAGCCUGCAAUCGUCUUCCUUGGUCCACAGUCGAGCCACUGACGACACUGUAUUUUGCCAAAAUCAAUCCCAUCAUUCCGCUACUUGAUCCAUCCACGAGACCGGCGCAGGCUCUUGAUACCACUGUGACUCCCGCGGCCGCUGCCAACCCACAACGACGCUUCUCCCCACUCCUUGAACGAGCCAUCUGUCUCGUUGCGGCCAAAGACCCUGCGGUCAAACCUCAUCUUCAUCUCACAAAUCCUUCCAACACCAACACCACCGGCAGCCGCAGCCGCAGUCGUAACCCCCUUCCCUCACGAUCUUUCUGCACCGAAAUCUACCACGGCCUCGUAUCCGCCAUGCAUGCCGGUCUCGAGCCCGACCGGUACACGCGCAUCCGCAUCCUUGCCCUCCUGUCCCUGCAUUGCGAAGGGUAUGAAGGCGCUGAAGCCGCAUCCCUGCAUCUCUGCGAAGCGAUCCACCAGGCUCAAACCGUAGGGUUACACCUGGCACGGCCAGGGACCAGCCGAGAUCCGCAUGAUGCCUUGUCGUUGCUGUUCUGGGGACUGUGGACCCUGGAUAAGAUGCAUGCCUGUUUGGGAGGAAGGCCGAUCAUUCUGGCGGAUCGGGAUAUUGGACUGGAGCGGCCGUGGGGGCACGAGAGAUCGAAGAUGGGGAAUGUGAUGGACGUGGGGAUGGAAAAUGGGAUGAAUGAAGGGCAAACAGGUCCGACGCGACCUCGAACUCUAUCAUCAAAGUCCAACCCCGAUCACGGCCAUCUUGAGCCGUUUCGUGUGUGGUUUCGCAUCUCCGAGGUUCUCGCCACGGUGAUCAGAUUCUAUCGACCCUCGGCGGAGGUCUCGAAACCUUAUUCCCUUUUUGCAGCGAUUCCCCCGGUUGAGUUGACCUCGUUUCUGUCCUUUUUCUCUCCUCCCCCUUGCGUCUGGCCCCGCUUACCCCACCCCGUCGUGGUCGUGAAAUACAUCAUCCUACUUCCCCAAGACUCCAUUUUAACCCUCCGUUCCCUCUUCUUCGAGAGAAAUUCAGGUCUCCUCGAACUCUACUAUCACUCCGUCGCCAUUCUCUCCCGGCGCUACUCCCCUCGGGAACCUCUCGACCACACCAAACACUCUUCUCUCCGACAGGGUCUUUCCGCUCUACGUAUUCAUUCCCUCCUCCUCACCUCGGAAUCCGCCCAUGAUGACGUACAUCAAGAUACCCAACGUGAUGGUCCGCUUUUUCUUCCACUCACCCGCACCGUCUCCCUGCCUGCCCUCCCCAUCAUCCCCUACGCCCUCUCUCUCGCCCUGGGAGUCUCAUACCGAGAAAUGCGCUCGAGCAGACUCAUCACGCAUCUGGACCGAGCCAAAGCGAGUCUCGCCGCAAGUUGUGCUCUGCUGGAGAGUCUGAGUGCAGAGUGGUAUGCGGCCGAGGCGAUGGCGAGGCUGGGCCGGAAGGCGUUGAUGCAGAUUGAGAUGGGGGGAGAUGGGGAUCAGGAUGAGGAUCGUGGUAGUGGUAGCCUCUCUAUUGGAAGUGAAACGCUAUCUCGACCAGUCGACGGGGACAAUCUUGUGGGCGAGAGGCAUGACGAUUGCAGAUUCAAGUCUCCCAGCGUUGGGACUGACUCUCAUGGGACGUACAAGACUGGGUAUCCGCCAAAUGUGAGAGAUGCUCUGGUACCGGCGCCAGCAUCGGCGUCUGUUGCUACUAUUACUACUACUGCUGCUGCUGCUGCUGCUACUCGGACCGCCACUUGGACGAGCACCGUUUUUCUCCGGUAG